UGAAGUCUAAGGUCUUAGUGAGCAGGAGACCGGAACAGGGAUCUCCCCACUCAGCCAGACAGUGCCAUGGCAUGUCAACGACCUCUCCUGCUCUUGCUCUUUGUACUGCUAGUAGUCAGCACCCACCUGUCAAGAGCUCAGCACUGGUCCCACGGCUGGUAUCCUGGAGGGAAAAGAGAACUAGAUUUGCCACAGACUCCAGAGGCUUCAGAAGAAAUCAAACUCUGUGAUGGGGAAGAGUGUGCUUAUCUGAGAAGCCCAAGGAAAACCAUUGUGAACACACUGCUGGCUGACAUGCUGGCGAGGCAACUACAGAAGAAGAAGUGAGCCCUUCCACAGACUCUUUCUGAAAUGUUUGCCAGCCCCACUGGCUUUUCAGUCAUUUCCUUUGCAACAUGAUGGUGUGUCUGUAGAUUCCAUGUAUCUGAUUGUUAAAGAAUUCUUAUGAACAUCUUGGCUGACUGCACUUGAAUGCUGGGAACGUAGAUAAUGAUGUAAUGCUUGAGAAAUGCCCCCAACCCAUCACCCAACCAGAACGAGGCCCUGUCUGGAGUUCUUUACGCACUUGUGUAAUUCCACCAUGUUGAAUAAAAUACUUUAUUUUGCUACAUACACAAUUCCAUCCACAUUUAUGUCCUUACCCAUGUCUUAAAAAAAUAAAAAUAAAUGAAUCUCCAGCCCAAUCAACCAGUUUUAAGCAUGCACUGAUUUUUUUUGUACAAGAGUCAGGUCACAAGGCCCUUUAUUGGUAAUUCCUGGUUCUCCCUGAACUAUUUUCUGGGUAGUUUAGCCUUCUAGCUAAGUGCUGGAAUAUUCUGCCAAACUUGAUUCAAAAUGUGAGAAAACGUCCUAUGUACGGCCCUUCAUCCACCGAUAUACAAAUAACAGGAAAGGUUUGGUGGUGGUAGUUUUUUUCACAAAAGGCAACAUUCUCACAUUCAUAUUAAGAAAAUAAGAAAAAGCAACGGUAAAGUUCUUGGGAAGAUAACAGAAGGAAACAUAAUCCAGUGGUUAGAGUGCUAGUCUGGGAUUUGGGAGACCCAGG